UCUGUGUCUCACUGCAAUGUGGUUUUCCUCUCAGGGAAGCACUCAAGCUCUGAAUUUUCAGUCUGGCUUGCACAUGCUGUCAGAAGCUAGUGGGAGACAGUUUUCUUUUUAAUGCAGAAAAGAGGACAAGCUUUUACUGGUCUGUAGACUGAGUUAUUUGGGAAGAAAAUGAAGAGCAGUGCCAGGCCUUGGAGUGCAAUGGCAAAGCAAGGGAGCCAUGGGAUUGACAGGGGAAAAUCUCUUUCCACCACCUCAACAGGAAUGAAGACGUCCAAGUCCUCCACUUCCCUCGCCUUUGAAUCUCGGCUCAGCAAGCUGAAGCGGGCGAGCAGCGAGGACACGCUCACAAAGCCCGGGGCAGCAGCAGCUCCCGGAGUCUCGAGGCUGAAGAAGACAAUCACAACAGGAGCCAUUUCCGAGCUCGCUGAGAGUCGACUGAAGCCCUGCACAGGCGCAGUUUCGGCUGCGAAGCGCACAGGGAUCCCAGCACCCCGGGAAAUCUCCUCCUCUGUGUCCAGGGAGAGGGCUGUGCUGCGUGGUCAAGCCAAUGCCAGGAAAACACAACCCAGCCCCACCUCUUCUGGUGCACCGACUCCUACCAAACACGUGCGCCCCACCAGCAAGUCCAAGCAAGAGAAUGAAACCGGUGACAAGGCUGUUCUGGAAUCUCAGGUUAAAGAGCUCCUGGCAGAGGCGAAGACAAAAGAUUCUGAAAUUACCAAACUUCGCUGUGAGUUGAAGAAAUGCAAAGAGAAAGGGUCCCUGAAUGCUGAAGGAAUGGGUGCUUGCAGCCAAAAUUUAGAAACGGUAUCACCUGUUGACAUAGAUCCAUUGAUACGGUCCCUGCAGGAGAAAAACAGGACUUUCCAAAAAGAGCUUGCCAGCCUGGGAGAAGAAAACCGUGUCUUGAAAGAGAAACUGCUCUAUCUGGAGAACUCCCCUCUGUCAGACACGACCACAAGCAGUGGAGGUGACAGCAGCCUCCCAACCCCAACCACCCAGGAGUCCAGUUUUGGAAGCCCAUCCAAAAACGCCUCGAGAGGCGAAGUGGAGGAGCACAGGCCGCACGUGAACGGGGGUGCCCUGCGCAAUUCUGGUUCCUCCAGCAGCGAUGUCACUAAAGCUUCCCUGUCCCCUGAUGCGUCUGAUUUUGAGCACAUAGCAGAUGUACCUUCCAGGCCAACAUCUGCCAGCAGCAACCACUUCAAAGGUUCCAAAUGCUCCACUGCAGGAAGUUCUCCGAACAACAUCAGCGACCUCUCUGUUGCGUCUCUCACGGAGAGAAUACAAAAAAUGGAGGAGAAUCACCACAGCACGGCAGAGGAAUUACAAGCCACUUUGCAGGAGCUGUCAGAUCAACAGCAAAUGGUGCAGGAGCUGACAACAGAAAAUGAGAAGUUAGUGGAAGAGAAAGCUCUCCUGGAGACUUCCUUCCGUCAGCACAGGGAUAGAGCGGAACAGCUGAGCCAGGAGAACGAGAAGCUGAUGACUCUCCUCCAAGAGCGAUCCAAGAGUGAAGAAAGCAGAGCUCAGGAGGGGAAGGUGCUUGAACUGGAACAGAAAUGUGCAGAAGUUCUUGAAAAAACACAGUUUGAAAGAGAGAAACUGCUCAACAUUCAGCAACAGUUAACCAGCAGCCUGCGAAGCCUGGAGAGGGAGCAUCAGGAUGCCCAGCAGGUGAUUAAAAGCCUGAGAGAAGAAAACGAGAAGCUGCUUAAACUUCUAGAGGUGGAACAGCAGAGCAACAGCGCAGUGACAAAAAGCCUGGAGGACUGUAAAAUUGCCUUGGAGGGUCUGAAAAUCGAGAAUGGCUCUCUCAAAACCCAGCUGGAGAAUGAGAAGCAGAAGGCUGCAGAAAUCAACGUGAUGGGCCGUGCCCCUGACAACUCGGAGGUGCAGGAGAUGCUCAAAGUAGCCCACGCAGAAAAGGCUCAGUUAGAAGCCUCUUGCACUGAGCUGAAACAAGAGCUGCUGAAGGCAAACAGUGAACUAAAGCACAUUCAGGGGCUGCUGUCUAAGGCUGAGAACGAGUGUGGUCAGCUGAAGGAGGUGUGUGACCGGCAGGCUGAGCAACUGAGCAGAACCAGCCAGAAGCUGCAGGAGAAAACAUCAGAGAAUGAAGCAGAUAUAAAAAACCUGAAGGAGACCAUCUUCGAGUUGGAAGACCAGGUGGAACAACACCGUGCUAUAAAACUUCACAAUAACCAGCUCAUCAGUGACUUAGAAAGUAAAGCAAUGAAGCUGGAAGAGCAAAAACAAGAUACAGAGAGGCAGCUGAAGGCUCUGACUAAGCAAAUGAAGGAAGAUGCAGAGGAGUGGAGGCGUUUCCAGGCUGACCUGCAGACUGCAGUGGUGGUGGCCAACGACAUUAAGUGUGAAGCUCAGCAGGAGCUCCGUGUGGUAAAGAGGAAGCUGCAGGAGGAAGAGGAGAAGAGUGCCAGGCUGCAGAAGGAGCUGGAUGAAGUGAAGGGCAGCAACAGGCUGACAGCUGAGGAGGUGGAAUCCCUGGAGUCGGAAGCAGCCAACCGCUGGCAAGGAGUCUGCCUUAGCAGAGCAUCUCCCACCCCCCCAGAGUCUGCAGCCACUGUGAAGUCACUCAUAAAGUCAUUUGACUUGGGAUGCUCAGGUAGCACUGGCCAAAACAUCACAGUUCACAAGGUCCCCAGGAGCCCUCUCAGUGGAAUUCCAGUGAGGACAGCCCCAGCAGCCGCUGUGUCCCCAAUGCAGAGACACUCUGUAUAUAACAAUGCCAAGCCAGCCAGCAAGGGCAUUGCCAGACAUGCAGACCUGUCAGACCUUCCUCUUGCAGACCUUCUGAAGGGCAGAACCGAAGAGCUGAAACCAGACCAUUACCUCCGAAAAAGCCCCUCCCUGGAAUCCCUGAGCAAACCCCCCAUGGCCUUCAGCAGCAGGAUGCUCACCUCUACCCCCAGCAGCUUGAAACCCCAAAGCAAACUCAGUGUGGAGAGAAAGGACCCCCUGGCAGCCCUGGCUCGGGAAUAUGGGGGUUCCAAGAGGAAUGCUUUGUUGAAAUGGUGCCAAAAGAAGACUGAGGGUUACCAGAAUAUUGAUAUUACCAACUUCAGCAGCAGCUGGAGUGAUGGGCUGGCCUUCUGUGCUCUCCUGCACACCUAUUUGCCUGCACAUAUUCCUUACCAGGAGCUCAACAGCCAGGACAAGAAGAGAAAUCUGCUAUUAGCAUUUCAAGCUGCUGAAAGUGUGGGCAUCAAACCCAGUCUGGAGCUCAGCGAGAUGAUGUACACGGACCGGCCGGACUGGCAGAGCGUGAUGCAGUACGUCGCCCAGAUUUACAAGUACUUUGAGACCUGAGGUGCAGAGCAAGAGCUGGACAGAAGUGGGGAAGAGAACAAAGAAUGCUACAGAUGCACUCGAUCACUUUAAAAACCCGCUUGCUCCUCUUCCACAGCCAACCGAAGCUCUUAGUUGGAAAGAAAGCUCUUCCGUAACUUCGAUUACAUCUGGGACUGCAACCAAAUAAAUACCUGUUGUCCAUCUUUACAAGCCAAAUUCAUCUGUAAUUUUGUUGCCACGUGGAAAUUGCAAAGCAUUUCUGAGUAUACACUUGGGAUAUUUCUGGAGAUUCCCUUGGGCUAACAAUGUUUGCCUCGACAGGAGACCUACAAAAGUGAAGUUCUGUGCUGGCACUCAAGGGAGGCUGGGAGAUUAAUAUUAAUGCAGAAAGCUCACAAAAAUGCUCUUCUUGCCAAAACAUGCUUAACUCAUCCCAAAUACAUGUUGUUUUCUUGUCUCCAUGUGUUUUCUAGAACGCCAUGACAGAUGCACUAAGUGUGUAGAACCUUAACCUGAGCUACUCACACACCUCACCCAAUAACUGCACUAGUUUGCUCCUUGUAGUGUCAUCAGCAGGACAAUAACAGGACCAUUUGUGACCCUCUGUUCCAUCACCAGUUAGUGAAAGAACUCUAAAAGAUCCUGUUAGGUGCAGGGACUUCAUUUCAGCUCAAACAGAAGUAAUCUCUUUGAGGAAAAAUAGAUUUACUACGACAACUUUGUUACUUGAUUCCUCCGGGAAGCCAGAGCUCGGUUUCCCAGCUGACUGUGCAGGCACAGUUAUCACAGGAAUGUUGCAAAUGCAGUUUCAUAGCUUUAGCCUGGAAGGUGCCAGUAAUCAGGUGAUGACUCUGAGCAAUACAGUGACAUCUCAGUAGUUCAUGUUUUUUGUGGAUUGAGUGGAGUAACUUCCUUUUUUUCUGUGUUGCUCCUGUCUAGUCAGCACAGAUGCGUAAUUGCUGCACAGAGUCAUGAAUCUAGAGACAGCCUGUGCCCUGUCCAAUAAAAUACAGUCCACAGGGCACUGUUACAUGCUUGGAAGUGAUGUUACCCUGUAAAUGAUCACAGUGAUAUAUUAGUACCAAUGGAAGUUGCAACUUCACUCCACAAAUUACGAAGGAUGUAACUGGAAGCCGUCUCUGUGUGAUGGACACGAGGCGCCAGCGAGCAGCUUUCCACCUCGCUAAUACUGUUAGCAGAAUGUCUGAAAGGUGCUGUUCAGUUCCAUUUCACUGUUUCUCUUGUUUCACCUCGUGAAGUGAAUUUUUUCUGUUUGUCUCCGAGGAUGGCAGGAUCAAACAGGCCGCCUGAUGUGUUCCUGGAGCAGGUUUGGGAGAGCAUCCAUGUGCAGGAUCUGGCAGAAGGCUGGCCUGGCUGCUCCAGGCUGUGCUGGUAGGAGGAAGUUGGUGUUUAGUUACUGUGUUUGACCCUGUGACCAGACCUGAUGCUUUGUGAGCAUUAGUCUUAGGGAGCAAGGGGUUGUUUCUCUCUUACAAAAAAAAAAAUGGUACUCACUGCUCCUAACUCCUGAAAAAAGGCUCAUGGAAUAGAAAUGAGAUUUCACAGAAGAAACUUGGGUUUGGGGUUUCUGGGGCUUUGCAGGUGGCUGAUCUCAACCUCUGGUUUCCCUACAGUGCUUUGUUGUUUGAUUUUAUUUUUUUAAUACUAUUUAAUUAGUAAACAACCUAGUUCAGACUUUGGUUUUCUCACAGCAAAAUGCUGGAUUCAGGGAUAGAUGGCAGAGCCCAAGGCCAGUGAGUGUAUUGAGCAGAAAGGACGUGUGUGCCUGUUCUGCAGAAGGAGAAAAGCAUCACUUGCUCUUGGUUUUAGUCUGACAUUUAUUCUGUGGGAAAGUCUGAUUCCAAUCUUUUGAGAGCCUGUGUGAUGGCAGGGGACAGUGGCACCCCCUCAGGGUGCCCUUGCACGCUUGGUGUCAUCCUAUGCUGUGAGAAAGCAGUUGUGAAUGCUGGCCAGAGUUAGAUCUUUGCAAGAGACUGCUUUCCAGAUGGAAUUAACUCUCCAGGAUUUCUCAGCACACGCUCUGGCAUCCCAGAGCAGAGAACCUGGGAUGAGCUGCCCUCCGUGUUCCCAGAUACAGGUCUCCUCCUGUGGGAUAAGGUGGAAGAGGAGAACUCUGCUGAGUGGAGUUCAUUUAGCCAGGCAGUCACACUGCAGAGCUCCACUGCCUCGUGGAUGCAGCAGCUCUUUUCCCUGGAGGUGUCUCCUGGCAGGGAUCCCAAUUCUCUCCAGCGGGCUGCAGUUCAGAGCCGUGCUGGAGUCAGCACAGAAAAUUCCAUAUUCCUCAGUGGGCUUUGGAUCAGGCACUUGCAGGGAUGAGAAAAACUGUUUUAAUUCCCAGCCUCUGGUAAACAUUUCCAAGUCAGAGGGCUCCACUUGAUGUAAAAAGAAGGAUAAUCUUAACCCUGUGGUCACUGGGAGUGUGUCCCGAGUGACUCAGUGCACACGGAAUGUGUCUUAUCCCUGUGUCAGCAUCCUUUGCUCCGAGCGCUGUCCUAACACUCAUCUGUGUCUCCAAGGCUCACUCCAACCUUCCAGACCAUUCUGUGGCAUCUGAAAGCUUUUCUUUUCCCCCAAAUGACUUGGGCAAAGAAAAGUUUCUGUCGUCUCCUUGCAGUUUGUUCUCUGUGCCCCCCCAGUAGCACGGACCAACCACUAAUUCUACCCAAUUCUGAUGGUAUGUUCUGAAAUUUUUUUACAGGAGUUAAAGCACAGAGCUGUAACAGGGAAAAAGAUGCUCAGUUUCACCUUUUGUUCAACGUUGCUGUUCAGUCCUCAAACCUGAAAAAAUCUCAUUUUGAAAAGCUGAUGCUUUGAGAUUGAGAGAUGGUUUUCCAGAUCAUUUUUCUGUUACAAUGUUAUGUAUUUUUCUUCCCUUUGAACUUUGCAAAAUUACAUUUCUAGACUUGCAUUUUCACAGAUUACUGUUGUUGUUUUUUUCAUGCUGCCUUAAAAUUUCAAUAUGAAUUUAAAUUUGUCCUACACAAGGUGCUGCAGACCAGCCUGAUUUUCAGAAUCUACAGGCCUUUGUCGGACAUCUCAAAUUCGAAAUGCAAACCUUCGAGCUGCCUUUAAAUUUUAGGGAGUUUAGUCAAGGGUAAGCUAUGGAGAGUUCUUUAUAGAAAUUUUGAGAAUCCUCUGAAGAUGUCCUGGAGUGGAACAUGGGAUGGAAUGACGUGGAUGGUGUUCAGCAGCACGGACACUGUUGGAGCAGUAAGUUUGCCUAAACUGCCUCAAUCCUUUCUGUCUUUGCCUCUUAGGAGUAAUGGAUCUUUCCCUGGUGCAGGCAGAUGGAAUCUCUUCCCACGUCUCCCUGAAUACACCCUCACUCUUAGGCACCUGCACGUGCCUGGGUGUGUACUUGGGAACUCUGUUGGACUGCUGAUUUUGGAUGAGCACGUGGGAAGGGUGGUUGGAAUGGGGAUUUCAGGGACAUUCCAUGGAGGAAUAUUGACUGCAGCGUGUGACUGUUGUACUGUAGCCUUUAGAGAGAGAGAGGAAAGGAGAUUAAAGUGGCUCCUGGAAUUUUGGGUGAGACAUAGAAGGUACAGAUUGUUUCAUGGCUUGGGAAGGUACAGAGGUGUGGAGGAGCCAGCCCAGAGUCAGCCCUCUGAGAAGGUUUUCUAGGAAGGCUGGAGAGCUGUUUCAGAAAGUACAUGGGGAGACUGAGUAGAGUGAGAGUCCAGCGUGUGAGGAGCAGGGAAUGUGGGACAGACACACCUGGGCCUUUGUGGACAGCAAAGGACGUCAGAGAAUCCAUAUGGAUUGUCAGCUUAAGGAAUAUUACUCCUCAGAGUGCAGCCUGGGGUGGAUCUCAGAAGAUAAGGGUGACAGCACAGCUGCCUUUGCUGGGUUCCCCUUCCUGUGCCUGUGACAGUCACGGAAAUGCAAAGGGGACAAAGAUUUCCCAGUUCUUCCUGUGCUGCAGCAAGGCAGCUGUGCUAAGCAGAGGGAUUUUUGGCUUGUGCACAUCCCCUUGGAGUUUUGGCAGCUUUCUUUUUGUGGUCUGAAGUUUGUUUUUUACAGGUUUUCUCUGUGAUUUAUCUUGGUUUGUGAGUUCAGUUCUGUGCGAGCUUUCUGGCCAGACCCAGUGAGUGCUCGCAGGCAGAGCGGGUGGUUCUUCCUUGUUUGGCUCCUGACCUGCAACCCUUCAGAAUCUACCCUUUUGCCUCCCUGGCUUUUCCCCCUUCCUUGGCAAUGACCUCCUGAGCCUGGGCUUGUUGGUUUUUCCAUAUCUCCCUCAUCCUGCCGUGCUGGGGGUACCGGCUAUUCCAGCGGGAAGGAUCUGGCAGGGCCAGCGGUUGGCAAAGCUGAGCCCUGUGCGUCUGAUCACAGGCAGGGGCUGUAUGGGAUGAGAUGAUGCAUUUUCCUGUCACAAGAGGGCUAUUGCCUAAAAAAGACUCAGGGCAUGGAGCAUUAAGGCAUCUUUAAACCCAGCAAUAACUUGUACUAUGCUCAGCUGUUGGUUUGUGCCAACGCCGGUGCCAUCUGCGCUCCCUCACCGACACGGUGCGGAAACAGCUCCUCACUGAGCUGCAGUUCACGUCUUUUUCUCGGCUGAUGGUCUCUACAUUUUUGACUUGCACAUGUGCCAAGUCCCUCUGGGCAGUGCUGGACACAGUGUUUUUAUUGACUGUUGGUCCAGGCUUGAGUUUGCCACGUGGGAUAAUCAACCUCUGACAGUUUUAGCUUUCCUUCUUGGGUACAGAUGUUACAUGGUAACCUAAUUUAUACAAAGAGCACAUUAGAAUGUACAUACUAGGCAUUGCCAGGUUUGGACAUGCUAAUAUUUAAAUAUUAACAUUAUUAAAAUGUACGAUGCAAAAAUCCGUGUAAUAUUUCUAAUAAAUCUUUUUCUGUUUCUGA